AUGUUGCAUUCUUAUCAAGAAGCUGGCCAUUGUUUGCCCCAAAUCGAGUCUCUAUGUUGCAUUCUUAUCAAGAAGUUCAUGUUCAUUCGCCGCAAAAUCGAUUCUAUGUUGCAUUCUUAUCAGAAAUUCUGGCCCCAAAUCGAGUCUAUGUUGCAUUCUUUAUCAAAAGCUGCUUAUAGGCGCCAAAUCGAUUCUAUGUUGCAUUCUUAUCAAGAAGCUGUCCAUUGGCCCCAAAUCGAUUCUAUGAUGCAUUCUUAUCAGAAGCUGGCCAUUGGCGCCAAAUCGAUUCUAUGUUGCAUUCUUAUCAAAAACCUGGCCAUUGGCGCCAAAUCGAUUCUAUGUUGCAUUCUUAUCAAGAAGCUGGCCAUAGGCGCCAAAUCGAUUCUAUGUUGCAUUCUUAUCAAGAAGCUGGCCAUUGGCCAUAGGCGCCAAAUCGAGUCUAUGUUGCAUUCUUAUCAGAAGCUGGCCAUGGGCCCAAAUCGAGUCUAUGUUGCAUUCUUAUCAAGAAGCUGGCCAUAG